UAUUCAUGGUCACCCUCGCAGUACUUCGAUGAGGACAGCUACUCCCCUCCACCCAGGAACAUGAAGGGUCUCUCUGGCGGCCGCCCGGCCCAGCUCCAACUCCAGCUCACCUCUCCCAUCUCAGCACACACCUGUGGCCUGGCUGAAUGCGACCAUACCCUGGACCAUCACCUCUACCAUGGCAACUCACGACCCCCCUCCUACCUCCUCAGCCCCACAGAAAGCUGCCCCCUUGAGAGUCACCAUCGCUGCUCCCCACGGAGCUCCAUCCACUCUGAGUGCAUGGUAAUACCGGUGUCCAUGUCGGCCACCGACCACUCCAUCUCUAGUAGCACUUUCCCCCGCAUGCACUAUGGCAGUGCUUCGCGGGAAAGCGGUGGCAACACUUCUGGCGGCAGGGACUCCCGAGACGACGGUGGCUCAUCCUCGCACGGUGGCAGCGGCAAAAUGAACCGAAUCCCAGCAAACCUUCUGGACCAAUUUGAGAAGCAGAUGCCGCUGCACCGGGAUGGCUUCCACACGCUGCAAUAUCAACGCACCUCCACCACAACCACGACCUCAGAGCAACGCAAUGAAAGCCCCGGGCGAAUACGCCACUUAGUCCACUCGGUACAGAAGCUCUUCACAAAGUCGCACUCUCUAGAAGGUUCCUCCAAGAUGAACGGUACCAAAAGCGACUCCCACAGGGAUAGCGCACACCCCCAUCACCACCACCAAGGCCACCACAAACACAGCAAACGCAGCAAGAGCAAAGAACGUAAAUCUGAGGGCAGCAGCAAGCAACGCUCGGGAGGUUGGUGGAGUUCGGAUGACAACCUUGAUAGUGACAGCACGUACAGAACACCCAGCGUCAUGUCACGGCAUCCUGUGGACCACAUCAGCCACUGCUAUCCUGACUCAAUGCACGGCCACCUGGCUGGAGACCUGUCGCUAAAGACCUCCAAGAGUAACAACGAUGUAAAGUGCUCAGCCUGCGAGAGCAUGAGCAUGGCACCAGAGGGAAAGUUCAUGAAGAGGAGUUCCUGGUCAACGCUAACGGUCAGCCAAGCCAAGGAGGCUUACAGGAAGUCCUCACUCAACCUGGAGAAGCCCAUGACACCAACCGACCUGAAGCCCAACGUCAGGCCCUGCCACUAUCUACAGGUGCCCCAGGACGAUUGGGGGGGUUACCCUGGAGGUGGGAAGGAUGAUGAGAUCCCCUGUCGUCGGAUGCGGAGCAGCAGCUAUGUUAAAGCCAUGGGGGACGAGGAGAGCGGAGAGUCAGACUCCAGUCCCAAGACAUCGCCUCAAAAGUUGGUGCGGCCUGACGCCCUGGUCAAGGCCAUCAUCAGACCAAGGGACUCCCAAAGCUCUUACCGCCUGGAUAAAAUCAACAGUGACAUGCGUAACUACAUCACCAAUUUUGCUGCAGACUUAAGUCAGAGCUACCACUUGCAAGCCGCUAGGGACAUGCACCCAAGCAUUGCCCUGGAUCCCUCAACCAACUACAACUCUCCCAAGUUUCGCUCCAGGAACCAGAGCUACAUGCGGGCAGUCAGCACCCUCAGUCAGGCUAGCUGUGUUAGCCAAGUGAGCCAGGUGAGUGAAACAGAAAUAAAUGGUCAGUUUGAAUCUGUGUGCGAGUCGGUGUUCAGUGAGGUGGAAUCCCAGGCCAUGGAGGCUUUGGACCUGCCCGGCUGCUUCAGAACCCGAAGUCACAGCUACCUGCGAGCCAUCCAGGCUGGCUACUCCCAAGACGAUGACUGCAUCCCCCCCAUGGCUUCCACUGUCACCUCCACCAUCAGGGCUACCGCAGGGAUCCAGUUCUGCCUUCCCUCUACCUGCAGCAUUGAUCGGACUCCCCAGCAAACCCCAGCCAUCAACUACACACUCAACUACAAGAAGGCCCCUCCUCCAGUCCCGCCCCGUACCACCUCUAAACCCCUCAUCUCCAUCACGGCCCAGAGCAGCACCGAGUCCACCCAGGAUGCCUAUCAUGAGGGGAGGCACCCUCAUGGUGGGAUGUGGGCCCCUGACGGCCUCAGCCUGGGGCUUAACCCAGGCAGGGCCCUCUACAACUCCACGGACAGCCUGGACAGCACCAAGGCUGUGACCAUAGCUAUGGAGGCAGCCGGAGUCAUGGCUGGAAAAAGACACCCGUCCACAGACAGCCACAGCUCGGUGCUCACCUGCGACAAGGCCAUCCUGGUGUCCAAGGCUGAGGAGUACUUGAAGACACCUCGAUCCUCUAUAGGGAUACAGGUGGAAGCAGCCACGGACUCGGAAUCUGAAAGCAAAGGUUCCCGGGAGUACCACUCUGUGGGGAUCCAGGUGGAGGACAACAAGAAAGGACAGGGCAGGUUCAAACGCUCCAACAGUGUGACUGCAGCUGUGCAGGCUGACAUGGAGCUGGAGGGCUUCCCUACCAUGGAGGACAAGGGCCUGCAGUUCGGUGGGGGCUUCCAGCGUCACUCAGAGCCCAGCACACCCACCCAGUACGGGGCUGUUAGAACAGUACGUACCCAGGGGCUCUUCAGCUACCGCGAGGAUUACCGUACCCCUGCAGAACCCCCCAGCCCCAGGGAGACCACCAGCGAGACCCCCUGGCAGCUGGAACCCCCCUCCCCACGGGAGAACGCGGCCUCGUCAGGCGAGUCUGGCAGGGCAUCCCCCUCUCUGAGGAGGGAUGGGAGCUGGUUCAUGCAACUGCUCCACACAGAGACCAAGAGGAUUGAGGGCUGGUGUAAGGAGAUGGAGGCAGAAGCUGAAGAGAAUGACCUGUCAGAGGACAUCCUAGGGAAAAUCCGAAGUGCAGUAGGAAGCGCUCAACUGCUCAUGUCUCAGAAAUUCCAGCAGUUCUACUGGCUGUGUCAGCAGAACCUGGACCCCAGUGCCAUGCCGCGGCCCACCUCUCAGGACCUGGCUGGGUUCUGGGACCUACUGCAGCUCUCCAUCGAUGACGUCACCAUGAAGUUUGACCAGCUGCAGCAGAUCAAGAACAACAACUGGAGGCCAGUAGACAGCCCAGAGAAAAAGCCUCCAGCCCCCGUACCAAAGAAGACAGUUCGACAGAGGAGCAUGGUGACGAGAGAGAAAUCCCUGGACCUACCAGACAGGGGGCGGCAAGAGGCCCGUCGGCGGCUCAUGGCAGCCAAGCGGGCAGCUUCCUUCCGGCAGAACUCAGCCUCGGAGCGAGCCGACAGCAUCGAGAUCUAUAUUCCCGAGGCUCAGACUAGACUUUGAGAAGAUAGGGUCCGGGGCCGACAAGUCUCCCUGCUCCCACGUUCAAACAACUUUAAAACUAGCCUUUUUUCUAGACUGCUACUCUCUCUACUCUUCCUUUAUCCAUCUAUUGUCUGAUCUCAAUAGCCAUCCUCAGUGCCCAUCGCCAACACCAUUGGUCUGUAGGAUGUGCCAAGCCUCUUGUCCCAUUGCCAGAAUAAGUGUUAGCAGAAAUGUAUGUCUGACAUGGGUUGGUUGGGUUUAUCCUUGGUUUGCUGGUGAUCAUGAUACCCAGCCUACAAGCUCUCUCAUCCAAUGUCCUGGAUGGGUACGUCUGUAGUUUUUCAGCAUUUGCAAAGUGCCAUUUAAAAAGUGCAGCUUUGAAAACCUACCAGCAACCAGGCCUUUGAGCUAAAAAGAGUAAAUGAGAGAAAUUCUAUUUAUUUCCAGUUCUUCAUAAAUGGUCAAAGUUAAUAAUAAUCGUUCAGUAUUUAGUUACAUUAUGACUCUUUUUGUUUCUCUGGUCUUUUUUGGGGUAAAUGUUAAUUACAAGCUAAAUAUCACAAAAUUGUUUAAGUUCAAAAACUUUUGAAAAGUGCCAAUGCUUGAAAUACCUCAACUAUGUGCAUGUGGCACUGAUCACCCAUUCAAGGUUAUUCAGGCAGCCCUUAUAAGCUCUGGACUGGUCAGUGGUGAAGGAAUGCAGCUUUCUACUCAAUCUGGUUGUAGUCAAUUGUUUUUCUUGCAUCUGGAUUGGUGGAAGAAUGACAUUUGUCAGCUCAUUAA